CUGCAGCGUGCCCGCAUGAAGGCCAGGACCCGGCCCCUGCGUGCCAGCCACGACAUCGUGCCCACCGCUGCCCCGGGCAGCCGAGAUGGCCAGAGAAGCCCAGCCCCGGACCCCAGGGAGCCCUGCGCCUGCAGAGACGGCCUCCAGAACGGCAACGUGAGCGACUCCUCCGGUGGCGAGGCCGGCGGCGGGCAGAGGCCGAAGCGAGGCCCGUCGCCGUCGCACGUCCGCUUCGAGGAUGAGUCUGCGGGCGAGGCCGAGGUGCGCUACCUGGAGCGGCUGCAGCAGCGCCAGCGCCAGGUGCUGGGCUCGGCGCUGCAGGCCGCGGACCAGGGGCCCCUGCGCUCCAAGCCGGACCUGGCCGACUACAUCAACGGGGGCCCUCGGCUGCGGGACGCGGGGAAGGCGGCAUUGCACGGGCUCGUGGGCAGCCUGGACCGCAGGGGCAGCGAGAGGACGUGCCGAGCCUGCGGAAGCUGUACGGAAAACCGCCGCCCUGCGCAGGGGAAGGCACCCCCCGACCCCAGGGUGCUCCGGGAGCUCCAGGCUGCCUGUGGGAUGGAGGGCGUGCUGGCGGAGCCACUAGGCUCCCGUGGCCUGUGCUCCCCUCUCCGGCUCCUCCCUGAGUGGAUCCGGGAAACACACAUUGGAGAUACCGUGUGUCCCGAGGGUGUGGACUCUGCCCUGGGCAGCACCGACACCCCGGACAGCUGCAGGACCUCUCCCGCCAGCCCCGCAUGUGGGCAGACCCCGGGCAGCAGCCCUCGACUGCGCGGCUCUGGGCCCCGAGGAGGCCACAGGUGGUCCAGGAAGGCUGAAAUGGAACUGCCCUGGGGCCUUCGGGACCAGCGUCACCUGCCUGGGGUUGAUGACAUGGAGCUGGGAGAUGAGGUGAAAGAAAGCAGAGGACACACACCUGAGGGGACUCUGUUUCUGGGAGAAGAUGCUGUCCCUAUGCCUCCUGCCCCGGACUCUGAGCCCGCAUCCCUGGCGUCCCAGUGGCAGCCUGGUCCAGGGCUGGGAAGUCACUGGGCUCACCCUGUGGAGUCCCGGGCUCCAUGCAGGACAGCCUGUGCCACGACCUCUUCCAUGAAGCUUGGGCCCUCGGGGCCGGGCCGUCAAGCCCAGGCUGUAGAAAGUCACGAGUCUCUGGAAAUUAUCUCCACUUCCUCCCUGCAACAGAGCAAUGCAGAGCCCUCUGCCCCCCACCAAGCCCAGCAGCCACCAGCUUCCCUCUCCCCUGAAGGCUGGGUGCCAACCCCUCCCCCUCCAAGGACAACCACUUCCCCCGGGUCUCACAGGAAGGUAGCCCUGGUUGGACCCCGCAGGCUGGGUGACCAGGGAGAGCCUGUGGCUCCUUCAAGAAGUGUGGCUCUCAGGACCUGCGAGCUUACCCCACCACAGACCCAGUCCUGCAGCCCCCACGUCAGGCACCCACUGCUGGGCCUGUCCACCAACAACUGCAACAACAGCAGGUCUCGGGGGCUGCAGGGGCGCUGCGGAGGAGCUGUCCACAAGGGCAGCGUGGAGAGGGGCCCCUGCAGCCAGGAGCCGGAGCUGCCCCUGGAGCACGGCAGAGAUGGAGGACUUCAGGGCUUUCCCUGCCCCGCAGACGUUGCCACCAUCAACGCCACGGGCAUCACCCUCUCGCUGUUCUCAGAGGAGCCAGAGCCCGGCCAGGAAGCAGAGGGAGCCCCGCAGAGGACAGAGUCAGGAUCUGGAGGGCAUGUGCCAUCGCGAGCACUGCCGGGGGCCGGCGCCGGACCCGGCUCACCCUCAGCUGCCCCGUCUGACAAGAACAAGAGAAGGAGCAGCAUCGUCUCCACCCUGGGGCUGAAAAAGUUCUUCUCGGCCCUGGGCCAGAGUCCCCGGCCCAAGCUGGGCAAGUCCCGCAGCUACAGUGUGGAGCAGCUGCACCACGCCGAGGCCGGCCCCGCGUCACACGCGUCACACGCCAGAGCCCCGUCGUUACAGUCCCUGCACCUGGUGUCGCCCUCUCGCCAACAUCGGAAAGCUGCCUCUUUUCAGAACCUCCAUUCUCUGCUGAGCGGCAAAGGGGAUCGGUCCAGCCUCUACCUGGUAGAGGGGCCAGGGGACCACAGGGCAGCUGGCAGGCCAGCCAAGGCUCCGCCCCGGCGUGCCCUCAGCGUGGAGGACGUGGGUGCCCCCAGCCUGGCUCGCACCGUGGGCCGCGUGGUGGAGGUCUUCCCGGAUGGCACGAGCCAGCUGCAGCUACAGCGCCCCCCGGAGGGCACUUUCGGCUUCUGUGUGGCUUCUGGGAAUGGGCGCAGGGACUCAGGUAUGUCCUGUCCCCUUCCAGGGCCGCACGGCCAUGGGGGCCUCGGCAAGUCCUUCUGGCUGUGGUCAGAGGCUUUUCUGGUUCUUGGCGAAGCAGUGCGGUUCUAUGAAUUCAGAAAGCCUCUCGGCUAA